CACCGCCUCCUCCUGUCUGCUGUCCCCGAGCCAUCUCCGUCAUAGAGUGCACACGCCCAUACUUAACGUCCUUCCUCCGCACAUCUCAGGUGAUCGACAUGGCAAGCAACUCUGGAACAUCCGGCUCUCCCGCCAGCAGCCCCAGCCACCUGCCUUCUCCAGAGGCCUUCUCGGAAACGCCCUCGAGCAACGCAUCGCCCGUCUCCGCGCCGCCCUCUCUCUACAUGGGCCGCGCAUCCCACGAACCAGACUCGCCCGAAGAACAGCGCAGCAUCAGCGACGCCGCGCGCCCCGCCGUCCUCCGCUCGCACUCCUCCGUCGGCAAGGGCGGGUGCUGGUAUGUGUCUCCAUCUGCUGCCCGCGGUACCGUGCCCGGAACUGAUCCAUGUCUCACGUCGAUCGCUCAGGACGUGCCGUCUCCGCAGAAAGAAAUGUGAUGAAGAGCAGGAGCACGACGGCGGGCCGUGCAAGACCUGUCGCCGCCUGGGCAUCGAGUGCUUGGGCUGGGGGGUGCGCCGUCCGGACUGGAUGCGUGACAAGGAGCGUGUCGCCGCGUACAAGGCCAGCAUCAAAGAGCAACUCACCCGUGCAGGGCUCAUCCGCGGCCAGCCCCGAGCCAACUUCAUGCAAGCCGCCUCGUCCAGCCCCGCCGUCGCAGGCCCCGGCCCCUCCUCCUCCCUGCGCCGACACUCGCCCCUCGGGGAGGCGCGCUUCCAACGACCGUACCCGUCAUCGCGCAGCCGUCAGCACUCAGGCAUGGCGGCCAUGUCAGGGUCUGCCAGCGCUCGCACGAGCCCCACCCACCUACACUAUAACAACGCGUCGCCCGGUGCCGCUGCGUUCGCCAUGGGCGACCACUUCACCCAGUGGACCCCUUCAUACCCGCACACGAUGUCCCCUACGAUACCCGUUCCCAGUAACGAAGAAUACACGCCCUUCUUCUCCCCCACAGACGCGUCCGUGUCCGUCCCCGUCGCGGCGCAGCCUACGCCGCUGCCACCCGCGGCGCAUGAGAUCUCGGACGAGACCUACGUCAUGUACUACUUCGAGAGCGUCCGGAAGGAGCAGUUCGUCUUCGCCGGAAACUCUCUCACGAACACCCUCUACUCGAUCGUCCACUCAGAUCCAAAAGGCCCGGUCGCGAACGCCAUCUGUGCAUUAUCGAGUCUACAUUACAUCCGCGCGCGCAUAGCGAAGGGCCUCGAGCCGCCGGACACGAACCCGGACGACUCUGUCGCGAAACAGUACUACGAGAGCGCGCGCUGGCAGCUCGGCAACGCGAGACACCUCCAGUACGCCGACACCGACGCGAUCGCUGCCAUCUUGCUCGUCCAGUACUCCCUCCUCACCGGCGGCCGCAGAAACUGGCAGGGAGAGCUAGAAGUCGCCUGCGACUGGCUGGCGGCCACGAGAAUCCACGAGGAGCAGAAUCCCAAGCUUACCUUGAUGAACAUGACGCCGGUUGGCAAGGCUGCCGCGAAGGGGACCAUGUGGAUCGACGUGCUGGGAAGUGUCACUCUCGGGACACCCCCGCGCUUCCUCGCGCUCUACCAACGGCUCUUCGGGUCCGGGGGCAGCGGCUUCUGGGCAAACUCGCCGCAGACCGACGUCCGCAUGGACCUGCUCACGGGGUGCCCGGACGAAGUGGCCCUCGCAAUCGGCGAGAUCUCUGCGCUCGCGAGCUGGAAGAACGCGGAGCUGCGGCGGGGCGGGCUGAGCGUACGCGAGCUCAUCCGCAAGGGCACGCAGAUCGAGACGAGCCUCCGCCAGCGCCCGAUGCUGCGCCAGCCGGGGGAGGGAAACCUAACGCCGCUCGAUGCGAGCCUCGCACAGGCGACAUUGGACCUCCACCUCCCGGUGCCGGGAGGCAUGCCGGCCCCGUUGUCGUCACCUUCUACGAGCAUGCAUGGUCAUACUACCGGGAUGCUCAAGGCGGAUGCGCUGCCGAUCGUCGGCGAGCUGUGGAGAGAAGGCGCGAUCCUGUACCUGAACACCGUGCUCAGCGAGAACCUUCCGAAUGUGCCCGAGAUCUGCGAUGCCGUCACCAACAUCAUCAGCUUGCUGCACCAGCUGCCCACUUCCGAGUACGACCGCUCGCUGAUGUUCCCACUGUUCUUCGCUGGCUGCAUGACCGACGACCAGAGCGUGCGCGCGAUGGUGAAGCGCCGACUAUACUCGAUAGAGGAUACCUUUGGCAACAUCUACGAGUUGGUUGCCCAGAUGGAGAACCUGUGGAACACCCGUGUGUUGCUGAUAGCAGAGCAUGGUCCCGCGGCCAUUGUCCCCUGGCGCGAGUGCCUCGCUCGCAUUUGGGAGAACCGUACCGUCCUGCUGAUAUGACCGCUAUGCCGCCCAUAAGUCACGUGACCUGUAGUACCGUAGUUAUGUUGCGUUGCUCCGCCAUUAUGUUUCGUGGAGUUUCGUUCCCUUCGUGUUGCUCUGCUUUACUGCCAUGUAUUAGAGUUAGAUGCAUGUGUUCCAUGUAAUG